AUGAAGGCACAAGGCGGCUACAAGAAGACGGCGUAUAACCAAGUUGCUAUUGAGCUUCAAGCGGCUGCCCCGGGGCUUCGCCUUUCGGCUGAGCAGGUCUAUAGUGAGGUCGAUUACUUCAAGAAGAAGUGGCGGUUGUGGAUGAUUUUGGUGGAAAACUCGGGCUUCGGGUGGGACCCGGUAACCUGUCUGCAUACUGCGCCAGACGCUGUCUGGGAUACCCUCAUCAAGGAAAACAAAGACCUCUUCCAGUUCCGGUAUAAGACUCUCCCGUAUCUCGAACUAAUGGAGCAAGUCUUCCAAGACGAUCGCGGGGCCAAUGGAAAUGCAGCUCUAACGCUUGGCCAACUGUUGACAGAGAGUCAAAACCCUAUUGACCCUACGUUGUUGAACUCUGACGACGAUAAGGAGGAACUCCCUGUACCUACACACGCUCUCACGCCAGCAUUCGCGCAAGAGCCAGUUGCCGCCGAGUGGCUCGAAAAAUCAAUGGAAAUCUUCAACGAAGACUGGUAUGGCCUGCUUUCUCCUGAGGUGGCCGAAAAAAAGCUCAACAACGUAAAGAAGGAAGCCCGGGAGGCAUACUUCGUCAAUCUAGGCCAUAUUCCUAAGGAUAUCGAGGGCGCUUUUGGAGACUCGAUACGCACAGUAAUCUACCCACAUCUCCCGAGCAAUCCUCUCACGAAGUAUGCUCAUCGCGCCGUCGGCACCGCCGGCCAGUUCGCCCCUAUCAAAUACGUUCUCGCCGGCUUCAUCCUGUUCAUCGCUUUCCGGCUCCCAGUCGACCCAGUCUUCGUCAUCGAAGUCCCCAUAGCCAAGCAGCCAGUUAAGCAGUGCAACCGUGGCAUAUAUGAUCUUGACCUGUACGUCAAUUGGGAAGACAGGCUUCUGUGA